UGCACAGAAAACAUAUGCUUAAAAUAUAACCAGAGAACAUGUGGCCGUCGUCGUGAAAACACAUUGUUUAGACACAAAUCGGCAUUCAGUUUGUAACCAACAAUCUGCCCGCAAAGCUACAAGUAUGGAUUCCAGCUUUAAUCAAGAAUUUGAGUAUCUGAGCACAUCGUUUUCAAAUUUGUUAAAAGAAAACCGGGUUCAGCGAUACGAUCUCUUGGAUUCAAAACAGAUCAAUAACUACGGGUCACUUCAGGUUCUGACGAUUGACAAUCUGCUUGAACCAUUUGUGAUUUCAAAUCUGAUCGCCGAACUCAAGAGCUUUGAUUAUCGUUUAGAGAUUACGGAUCUAUACAGUUUUAGGCAAUCUAAAGAUUUUCGAGUUGUGGAUGGUGUAGUGUAUCCAAUGUGCGUGAAAAUUCAUAAGAUUUUUGAAAGUCGAAUUAGACAGUUGGUUGAAGUUCUUUUUGAUAUGAAACUAGAUGGGGAGGUAUCUAUGACUGCAUCUGAAUACGUACACAUUGACUUCCUUCUGACCCACGAUGACAGAGAGGAGGAUAGAGGAGUGGCAUUCAUUCUUUAUCUAGAAGAUUGGAGCAAAAGAGACGGAGGAACUCUAGAUUUCCGCCAUCACAACGAGAUGGGCUGUGCUGAAGAUAUUUUAUUCUCAAUUCUACCAGCUGAAAAUCGACUGACCCUUUUUUCUGUCAACGAAUUGAGUCACCACCAGGUUGCUGAAGUUUUAGCAUUUGACAAACCACGCAUUGCUAUAAGUGGCUGGUUCCACACUGGGAAACCGUCCAACAACCGGACAACUCAUCCUGACAGACUACCUCUUUCCCAAAACAUUCUCAUCAACCACCCAGUAUCAACGCUUACUUUCCCAACAGAUUACCAAUACCUUCAACAAGAUAUCCAUUACUACGUUCAAAACUCCAUGUAUUUGCAUAGAGAGAUAGUAAACCAUCGUUGCGUCCUCCUGAAGCCAUUCUUGAGCAAUGACUGCUAUGAAGAGGUCCUCACAGAGCUUCAGUCCGAUAAGAUUGUAUGGAAAACGGUUGGUCCAGCUUCCAGAAGAAACUAUCAGACUGCACAGAUGAUGAGGAGGGGAAUACCUAACUGCCCAAACACAACCAGACUGUUGAGAAAUCUGCAGGGGACAAACUUUUUGAAGCUUCUAUCUGUCUUUGUAUUAGGAAAACUCGACAAUGCGAUUGAAGAGGACAUAGUUGUAUCGGCAGAUGUGAUCAGAAUUGAAGGAGGGGACUAUAUAUUGUUAACAAGUGACAUGAUAAAGAUGAAAAGUAGCAUCGACCUGUGGAUUUUUUUAAAUGUUGACCACAUUGAUGGAAGUCUAGUAGGAGUUUUAGGAUACUCAAAACAGGAAACACAUCAGAAAAUAUCAUACACCAUCACACCAAAAUCAAACAACGCGUAUAUUGUGGCCCGUUCCAGUGACAUGCAUCCAUACAUGACAUAUAUCUCAAAAACCAUCAAUAACAGAUCACACUACGCUAUCAAAAUCUCUUUCUCCGUCAGUUUUAAUACUAAAGAGCUGCACCAAGAUCUCAAAAAGCUACCUGUCAUUUGCUAUGAGAGUGUAGGCAAGAUGGCCGCGAUUGACAAAAUCAACGAAUCAAUUGAAAUACAAUUCAAGACCAACAGUUUUUCAUCAAUGGAUAUUGAAAACGCUGACGUUAUGGAUGAGAGCCCAAAGUUCUCUGUUCCAACACCAUUGAGGAAGAAAAUUCGCAUGAGGAGACAGAAAAAGGUACUGAAAAAUAAAGUGAAGAAAACAAAAUUGAUACCAAUAACGGCAUCAAACACCAGUGAGAAACUAAGACCAUUGACGAAAAUUGAGUUGAAACAAAUACUGAAACCAUAUACCAUUGAGAACAAAGAAGUUGGCAGAAUAAGAGCUAGAAGAAGUAGAGGUAAUAAGAGGAGGUAGCCGAAAAUGCGGAAGUUCACCCAAAACGUCGAAGAUUCUGAUGGAUAAAGGAUAAAAUCGGCUACAUUUUUUAAAUCCAUAUUUUCUAUAUGUAUUGGAAUAUAAUUGUAAUGUGUAUUAGAGUUGUAUUGAUUGUAAUAGAGUCUAUAAAGCUAUGUUAUUCUUGUAGUUAUGUUAAAAUAUGCUACUAAACUCACUGUUAAACUUUACUAUUAAAAAUAAAUAAUGUUUAUUCAUUUGAGUCUAUUGUACAUUAUCAUUGAGUUAUGUUGAAGUAGGAG